AAAUGGAAGAAAUAAACUGCUCAGCAAGCAGACUUGCAGACAAAGCUACAGGAGAAGCGCCUGGCGUCUGUUCCUUUCUGAUCACAGCCAUCUCCAUUUUUAUGAUUCUUCUAACCUUUCCCCUUUCCCUCAUUUGCACCAUCAAGGUGGUUCAGGAAUAUGAGCGGGCUGUUAUUUUCCGGUUAGGUCGUCUUUUGAAGGGAGGAGCAAGGGGGCCUGGCAUAUUUUUUGUCAUUCCUUGUGUGGAUAGUUAUACAAAGGUUGACAUGCGAACCCUCACAUUUGACGUUCCUCCCCAGGAGAUUCUGACCAAGGACUCUGUAACUGUACAUGUUGAUGCCAUCAUGUACUACAAGGUUAGCAAUGCAACCUCUUGUAUUGCUAAUGUAGACGAUUAUGGAAAAUCUACCCGACUUCUUGCUGCAACUACUCUGAGAAAUGUGCUGGGGACUAAAAAUCUUGGUGAUAUUUUGUCAGAUAGAGAGAGUAUUGCACAUGACAUGCAGGUAUCUCUUGAUGAAGCCACAGAUCCUUGGGGAGUACAAGUAGAACGAGUUGAAGUUAAAGAUGUGCGGCUACCCCAGAAUCUUCAGAGGGCUAUGGCAGCAGAAGCUGAGGCGGCCAGGGAAGCUAGAGCUAAGGUGAUUGCGGCUGAAGGAGAACACAAAGCCAGCCGAGCCCUCAGACAUGCAGCUGAUGUUAUUAAUGAAAGUCCUGCGGCAAUGCAGUUGAGAUACCUGCAAACUCUCAACAAUAUUUCGGCAGAAAAGAAUUCGACGAUAAUUUUCCCAGUUCCUGUGGAUAUCAUCUCUCUAAUUCUUAACAGAAAAGAAUCUGUGGUGCCCCCUACUCCAGUUGCUAUUACUCCACAUUGAUAAUCAUCACGUUUUAUGUUUUAACGAAAAUCUAAGAGUUUUAAAUCUAAGAAACAUCAAUUAUGAUACAUUUUGUUUGGCAGAUAUUAAAUGUUGAAUGAUGAUAAAAAAUAAUGUUUUUAUUCACGAUCAAGUUUACUAAAUGUGAGAAUCAAGUUAUUUUGCAUUUGCAUUGUACAUUUUCAAGCUGUUGGUAAAACUAUUUGCAUCAAACAUCAUAUUCACAUCAGAUUGCUUAAAUGUCGUCAUAUAUCUUAACCCUUAUCACGAUUCUUCUUCACUUAUUCAAUUUCAUAAUUUUGCAUUUUUUUUAUGCUUAAGGUAAGGAGGAGGAUAGUCAAACGGCGAGUCGGUGUUAAUUUUUUUUAUUAAUUAAGCUACAAAAAAGCCCUUAAAAACUUGAUGUGUCACAUAUUAAUAGUUGUCAAAAGUAAAAAUAUUUAUUCUUGAACAUUUUUCCGACGAACUUUUAAACUUUUUUAAAAUCCUCGCUUGCACCCUAACCAUUAAAGCAAGAGGUCUAAUUUCUUUUGGUGAGCAGAUCUUGAAAAGUUAUACCAGGGACAUGCAUCACACUCCCCUAUCUCAACUCUAUGGGUACAAUAAUAUUAGUCAAAAGAAGCCCAAUCGGGAUAGGGUUGAAACAUAAGAAAUAACCGUAUCACAGGGUCCGUCCAAAAAUAGUUAUUGCAAAAUUAGCAAAAAAUUAUCCAGCAACAGUUUGCAUUUAUCGUAAUGUGUUUGCAUAUCAUUUUAGUAAAUAUUUAUGUCUCAUGAAACGAAUGCAUUUUUUGUAAUGUUGUAAUUGUAAAUAAACAUUGGCAAGACAUUUAUCGUAUAUAAAAUAUACUUAGAUAUAUGA